AAAUUUCUUUGAUGUUGUACAUUAUGUUUGGCAUUCGCCGGACGGUUUAUACGAGGCAGAUAUUUUAACAGCAACUUUGGUAUCUAAUUUUAGAAAUCGUCACAUUAGUAAACCGCCUUCGAGAGAAUAUACAAGUACGACAAUCGUCGUGAUACAAAUUGAGGGAUCACUAACAAAUAAUAUUUAAAAAUGACUAUGGCAAAUCAUGGCAGUAUAUUUAUCGAUUUUUAUCGGCAAGCAUAUGAUACUGUAAUGAUGGAACCAUUUAUAAGCCGUUUUAAAGAAUUUUCAUUAAAGGGAGAUAGACAAGGGAUGAUUCGUGUUAUAAUCGAAUUACCAUGUGUAUUGAAUACAAAAAUAACUAAGUCAUAUAAGGGUAAGAAUGAUCAGCAAGCGGCAUUGCUUUAUCAGAAAUCACUUGAUAUAAUGAAAGAAGGGAAAAAUAAAAUGGAUGAGGAAAGUAAAGCAUGUAAUAUUCUUACUGAAGCACUGUUUGCAGCCAGUGCAUGUAGUUUAAUAUUUAUGAAUGCUCUUUUAGAGCGCGCAAAGCAUUGGUAUAAAUUGGGAGCUUGGUUAAGGUGUCUUAAAGAUUGCGAAUGCAUGUUAGCACUUCCUUUGAGCUUUUAUGAUGAGGAUGCAGAAAAUAAAAAUAUUUACUUAGUAUAUAAAAAGGAAUGUUUUCAUCUUAAACAUGAGUGCUCUAGAAAGCUGGAAAUAACUAUUCGACGAAAAAAGAAAACACGUGGAAAUAGCAGUGGUAUGCAUUGUUCUUCUGCCGAAAUAACAACAGUAAAAAAUGUCGUAUCAACACCUACUGUGCAUGGAAAGUUAAACAGCAGUUUGAAAAGUUGUUCCGAUGCGGUAGCAUUUCAAUUUGACAAUAACAGAGGCAGGCAUCUUGUAGCAACCAGAGAUAUUUGCGCAGGAAGUAUUCUAAUCGUCGAUCAGCCCUUCUCCUCCAGCAUAGAUAAAGAGGCACUUGAUAGGAAUUGCUUGCAUUGUUACAGUUCCCUUAAAUUGGAAGACAAUGUUAGAAUUCCUUGCCGUAUGUGUCAAACAGUUUCUUAUUGCACAGAAACUUGUCGCAAGGAGUCAUGGGAGAUGUAUCAUAAAUAUGAAUGCAUGAUAUUAAAUCUUUUCUUAGAAGAAGGAUUUAAUCAAAGAAAAAAUAAAUUAUCCCAUCUUUUGUUGGCUUAUAGAACUACCUUGAUUGCAGUUUUAUAUCCAAAUGAGAAAAAAUAUAAUGAUACGGAAACAAAGCACAAACCAUCCAAUCUUAAUACAGAAUUUUUCAAGCAACAUCAGUCGAAAGAAAAACACACUGUUAUAUCAAAUACAAAUAAAAUAUAUGAUCCAUUAGAUUACACAACUGUUUUACAAUUAGAAACAAAUUGUACGAAUGUAGAUCCUAAUGUAAAUGCUAUUUGUAGUAUAGAAGCAGUGUUUAUAGCCAAAUGUUUAAUUUUUUCCUUGGAUGAAAUUGGAAUUGAUUCAUUGGAUAAUGAAAAAUUCAUUACUUUAGCGACGGCUACGUUGCAACAUUUGCAAGCUAUUAAUUGUAAUGCUUAUGAAAUUAUUGAAAACAUAUACAAUGGAAUAACGCACGUUUGGGAACCAAGAAAUGUAGGAUGUGCUAUUUACACCACAGUCAGUCUUACAAAUCAUAGCUGUUAUCCUAAUAUAGUUCGACAUUCUUAUCCAUCUGGAAAAGUUGUUGUAAGAGCAUUACGUUGCAUUGGUAAAGGUAAUGAGAUACUUGAUUGUUACGGUCCACAAUUUCUUAAUGAAGAGAAGUUGGCAAGGCGCGAGUAUUUGUGGAAAAAAUAUAAUUUUGUUUGCGAAUGCGAUGCUUGCAAAUAUAAUUGGCAAUUCCCAUUGCAAGAUACUCUUAAUUAUAAAUGCAAAACAUGUUUUAAAACUGGUUAUUCAUUUAACGAGAUAAAAAACAGCAUGCAUAAAAUUAAACAUUGUUCGCAAUGUAAUGAAAAAUUAGACUAUGGGAAAUUAAAUAAGCAACUUAGCAGAUCUAUCGAAAGGAGAGUAAAUGCAAUUUCUAAAAUGUAUCAAGGUUGCUAUAAAGAAGCAUUAAAUCAAUUAUUAGAUCAUAUAGACUUAGUUGAAAGAUUUUUGGAAGAACCUAACAUAGAGUCUAUCAAAACACAGCAAUGCCUCAUUCAAUGUUAUAAUUUCUUUGGUUGCAUUUCUAUAAAUUAAUAUAGAACUAAUUCUUGUAUGAUUUUUCUUUUUCUUUUUCUUUUUUUUUUUUUACAUAUCAUAUUCAAUCUUAAAAUCUAGAUAUUAUCUACAAGACAAUUGUUGAUUUUGUGAAAUAAGUUUCUUAAUAUUUUCUCUAUUUUAUCUUUAUCCGAUUGUUCAUAUUAUAUGUCUCAUAAAUAAUGAUAAAAUAUGUAAAGAAAUAAAAAGGUGUAAUCUAAAGGAAGAAAGAAAAGAAAAAAAAAAAAAAAAAAAAAAAAAAAAAAAAAAAAAGAGAAAAAAAAUAUACAGUUAAAGAUAAAUAAAUAAAUGGAGAAAUUAUCAUUCAUUUACAAUCAUCUUAAAAAAGAAAAACUGUUCUAAAAGAAAAAUUUCAAAUUUUAUACCAUAUAGCCUCAUGUAUUUCCGGCGAUUUAAUAUUCAAUUGUUGUUGUGCAAUCAUUGUGUGAUAAUACUGUACUAAAUUACUAAAAAAAUGGAAAAACGCAUAACUUUCGUUUGUUAGUACAUGCUUGACAUCUCAUAACAUUGAUAAUAUUAAAUGCAAUAUUUCCAUUUUAUGGUAUUUAAACAAUCCCAGAUGUAUAUACAACAAAGUAGUGCAUGAUUUAUCCUUAUCAUACAUUAAAACUUAGUGUAAUUGCCUGGGAUGACAAAAAUUAUUACUUCAUUGUUCUAAAAGUUUCGUUUGCAUGAAGAAUAAAAAUUUUGUACAGUGUUUCAGCAUAUACAUAAUUGCAUUCAUUGACUUAUCUAUCCAAACACAAUAAUAAUACCUAUUUUAAUCUAUGAUCUGAUGCUAUUGUGGUUUUUAUUAAUUGAAUUAUUACCACAUGUGCGUUUCACGAAUUUCGCUGAUAAUAUGACCCGCUUGAGUCAAUGCCUAUAAAGAAAAUAGAGAAAUUUAAUAUAAUUAAUAAAAAUAAAUUAUCAAAUAGAGAUCGUCAUUAUAAUGAUACAACAUUAGUAUUAGACAUAUAAUUAAUGAAUAUACCUUUAACAUGUCACUUGCUUCUUUUCGUCUAAUAGCAAUAUGUUCACUUUCAUUCAACAAGGCUUCAGCCUGAUCGGAUUUAUAUAAAUGAGUUACAAGUUCACUUUGUAAAUUAUCCUUUACAUAGUUGACUAGGAAAUGCAUUACUGCUUUGGGUACGCUGUCUUGUAUAGAUUUACGUACGAUAUAAAAGUAUGAUUUGAUAAGUCGCUCUAAAGAAUAUAAUAAUACAUUUUAAAAUAUCGAAUUAAAUCAAUAUAUAUAUAUAUAUAUAUAUCAAAAGACUUUUUAUAAUUACCGAUAACAUCACAGUCUCGUUGCUCCCGUUCACUUAAUUUACGUUGAAUUUGCAUUGGCACUUCAGGAAGUAAAUUAACCGGCUUUUGUUGUGGCGAUGAUCUUUGUAUCUCGAGCAUUACAUUUGGCUGAGGAGAAAUAUUUCCUGAAUUUCUACUCGGAGAUCCUUCAGCAGAAGUAAUAGAUUCUGUUCUUUCUUGCGGUAAUAUAUUACUCAGUAACCAAUGAUUUUGUUGCGCAUGCAUCUUUUUAUUCUGCUCAGAAAAAGAUGUCAACUCAUCUUGACUGUUGGUCAAUUUUGCAUUCUGUUAUAGACAUGGUGAAGGAUUAGUAUGGGGGUGGAUUAAUAUAAAAACAAAAAAAAAAAGAAAAAAAAAAAAAUAAAAAAAAGAAAAUGGAAUGACAAAGAAAAAGAUGCAUAAUUAAGUAUACGUUUUGUUAUUAAAAUUUCAUAUUUCAAAAUUAAUUAAUUAAACAAUCAAACGUAUGAUUAGACGUAUUAUUACAACAAUAUAAAACUAAUUACAUAAAAUCAUGAUUUAUUUAAAUUUUACUUACAGUUUCUGUAGGUAUCGCAACAGCAGAUGUAGAGUUGUUACUAAUAGAAGGUAAUUUUCUAUUAUGUUUAAUAUUAUCUAGAUCUGCAUUUUUUAAUAACGAAGACACAAAUGCUGCAUCCUUAUGAAAAUCUGGAUGUUUAGUAUUAAUAUAUGCUAAUUCUAUAGCAACCAAAUUUUCUACCUUUAUAAAAAUAAAUUCAAAGAGAAAUAUAUACAAAUAAUAUUCUGGAUAGAAGAAGAAGAAGAAAAAAAAAAAAAAAAAAAAAAAAAGAAAAGAAAAAAUUAAGAAAUGAAAAUUAUACCAUCUGAUUAGUAGUAGGGAGACGUCUUCGUAAUAAAUGUGUAACAACGUCAACAAUUCUUUCAUGUAAUUUAGGAAAUCGUAACAUUUCUUGUUGUACUUCGGUACCACAAUGUUGUACAAUGCUUUGCAUUUCUUCAUGUACAAGUUCUACACAUCGUAAAGAGGGUUCUUCCAGCCUUCUUAUUUGUCUUUUAACUAAUAAUUCAAAGGACACCUCGGGUACAAAAAGUGCUGGUCUUGGGCCGGUUGCAUUUCGUAUGGCAGUUAAAAUAUCGAACUUAGUUAAACCAGCAAGUGGAUGGAUAGAGUCAAGGGUUUUGCCAAAUGUUUCAUGAAAUAUAUAACAUAUCCGUGCACCGCCACAUAACUCGGUAGUUUCAAUAUUUCUAGCAGUUCCCUCGAUGGUAGAACAAUAACUGCUUGCAAAUUUUGUAAUAAUUUGCAAUAAAGUUUGACUUUUAUCCCCGACAUCUUCACCAUAAGAAGAGAGUAAUGUUUGAAAUUGUGAUACCAUAACGUUAACUCUUGUCUAAUUUAAAAGCAACAAAUUAAAUUAACAAUUAUUAGCAAUUUUAUAUGAAUAGCAAUAAUAUAUAGAAUUUAAUUGACAUUAUUACCUUCAAUUCUGGCAAACAAUCACGUAUAUGAUGCAUUAAUAAUCGAUUCAACAUUUUAGCUAAAUAAGGUGUACCAUUUCUAUUUGCUAACGUUGGAUAUUUGCGUUGUAAAAAUAUAGCUUCGUCCUUUAAUGCAUCUUGAAUACUUUUAUUACUUAUUAUGUCCUGUUGCGAACGAUUAACUACACCAAUGAUUCCUAAUUUAACAGGAAUUACUCUACCGCACAAUAUAUCUAUCGCGUCUGUUCCUAUUAUUAUCAAAAGAAAUGAAAUAAAAGUAUUAAUGAUCCUUUAAUAUAUAGAAUAACAUUCUAUUAAAAUAAAUAUACCUGCAUCCAUAAGAUCUAAUUUUGUAACAACAGCAAGAGUACGCCUGCCAUCCGGAUCUACAUCUUUACUAAGUUUCAAACUUUCACUUGUGGCCAUAUCUGUAUUAGCAGUGACAACUGCUAAAAUGAUGGAAUUAGGAUUACAUAUGUAUUCCAAUACAAGUUGACGAAUUUGAUUUUCAAUAUCUUCAGGUUGAUCUCCUACUGGCACUUUUGUAAUACCAGGCAAAUCUAUAAGCGUCAAAUUAACGACUGAAGUUGAAAAGAUUUUAAGAUUGAUUGGUUCAGGACAAAUUCCUUUAUUUGAUCCAGCUGUACGAUCUGUCUCUGCUUCAAUUUCACUACGUAUAUCAUCAAAAUUUCUAAAGAUCUUAUUUUUUUUAUGUAGGAAUGUACCCCACUCUUCCAAAUCCAUUGUUCCAUUUUCUGCACUACGGUGUUCUUUAUCUUCCUUUGGUGUAUAUAUAAGUUGUAGUAUCAAUGGUCGACGAGUUACUAUACCUGUUCCUCUAGGAAGGAACGAACGGCCUACUAUAUUUUCUAUUACAGAUGACUUGCCAGAACUCUAAAAACAAAUUGGAAAUAAUAUAUUUGUAUUGAAUGAAUUCAAUACA